GAUGUAUAGUCUGAUGGCCAAUUGCUGCAACUGGCUAAAGAAGUGGAGGGAACCUGUUAGGAAGGUGACAUUAAUCAUGGUGGGUCUUGAUAAUGCUGGAAAAACUGCAACAGUGAAAGGAAUCCAAGGAGAAUCUCCUGAGGAUGUGGCUCCAACAGUCGGCUUUUCUAAAAUUGACCUUAAACAAGGACAUUUUGAAGUCACCUUAUUUGACUUGGGAGGCAGAAAGCGAAUCUGGGGUAUUUGGAAGAAUUAAUAUUCUGAAUCCUAUGGGGUGAUAUUUGUUGUGGAUUCCUGUGAUUUGGAGAGAAUGGAAGAGACAAAAGAGACCAUGUCAGAAGUUCUAAAGCAUCCGAAGAUAUCAGGGAAACCUGUAUUAGUGUUAGCAAAUAAGCAGGACAAAGAAGGUGCAUUGGCAGAAGCCGAUGUAAUUGAGUGUUUGUCUCUUGAAAAGCUUGUCAACGAGCACAAAUGCCUGUGUCAGAUUGAGCCUUGUUCGGCUAUUAUGGGCAGUGGUAAAAAAAUUGACAAAUCCAUAAAGAAAGGUUUACUUUGGCUGUUACAUGUUAUAGCAAAAGAUUUUGAUGCCUUAAAUGAACGAAUCCAGAAAGAUACUAUAGAGCAAAAAGCAGCUGAAGAACAAGAGAAACAAGAACGAGCUGAACAAGUGAGGAAGAUAAGAGAAGAAAGAGAACAGAAAGAGAGGGAAGAAGCUGAACAUGAAGGUAGGAGCAUUUUGGAUGAAACUGACUCUGAGAUAGUAACUGGCAACCCAUUCCAGCCUAUAUCAGCUGUAAUCACUGAGGUAUCAAUACGUUUGUUUUAUUUUAUUAACCAUGGAUUUCAAACUGAUACUUCCCUAUUUCUGGAGUCUGAGUUUUUUUCCCAUGUGUGUAUGUUAGAUUUCUAUGGGAAGCCCCUGCCUCCGCUGACAAUACGGCAAAGACCUAACAGUGAUUCCCACGAUGUGAUUUCUUAACUAGGAGUCAUGCAGCAGUUUUUUAAAAAAACAUGCAGUGUGGAAAAGGAGCACCAGCAUUCAAUGUUGUUUUCUUACAUGAUGAGAAGCUUGCUAUUCUUAAAAGUUGCUGGGAAAGACACUAAGAGUGCCUUGGAGUUGCAGCAGAAAGAAUAGCAGUGAUGAAUUCAGCUGUCAUAUUUUGUUCUUGACUCACCAGCUCAAGAGUAUUAUGUGGACUGAGAAAGUUUGUAUUAGGUAGAACUCUUGGAGGUUCCUUGCUUUUCUUCUUUGUUGGAACAGAAAAAUGUGACUAUGAAGAAAAACUGCUUUCCAAGAUCAAAAUACAACUUUACUUUGCACAUACAAUGACUGUUUCUGGUUAAGCAUAGCAACCAGUAUUUCUACAUUUAAUAUUUCAGAGAUCUGAGGGGUUGGGGGUUUUUUAAGACAUGUGCAUGUGCAAAUCAAAAGGUAUG